GUGAUUGGUCGCUUCGAUAAACAGCGGCGAUCACCAACAAGGAAGGAGAAAGUGUUGCGGAGGGGAUCUAAGUUUUUCUGGAGGGUGAAAUAAUAAAUAAUAUCAGUAAUAGCGUUAAAUAGUAUUUUGUACUGGGUACAUAGACACAGAGCAGAAGCUGUUUGGAAAAUCGCGUCGACAUGUCAGUGAAAAAGCCGAAGCAGACUGUGCUGAACCCGACGAUUCCCCUCGCUGUAACCAUCUUGGGGGGACUCCAUCCAGGUGAAAUGGUUCUAAUACAGGGUUCCGUUCCCAGUGACGCAGACAGGUUUCAGGUUGACUUCACAUGUGGCAGCAGUACUAAACCCAGAGCGGACGUGGCUUUCCACUUUAACCCUCGCUUUAAGAAGUGCCUCAUCGUCUGUAACACGCUGCAGCAUGAGCGGUGGGGCAAAGAGGAGAUCCACUAUCAGAUGCCUUUUGGGAAAGGAGCAGGUUUUGAGAUCAUUGUGCUGGUUGAAAAGGAUGUGUUCAAGGUGGCAGUGAAUGGCACACAUGUGCUGGAGUACAAACACAGAUUAGAUCUGGGCAAAGUGGACACACUGGCAAUAUCAGGGAAGGUUCACAUUCAGGCCAUCGGCUUCAUUCCCAGCACAAGUUCUGAUGUUUCUCCGGUUGAUGUGAAGAGUUCAGGCUCACAAGCCAAUGCCGUGCUGUCAGAAUCUGAAGAUAUGAGUCUUCCUUUUAGGAGAAAGCUCGUGAAGGGCUUGGGUCCAGGACAAACCAUUACAAUCAAAGGUCAAGUCAGCUCCUUUUCACACAGUUUCUUUGUAAACCUGCGCGUUAAGAACUCUGAGGAUCUCGCGCUGCACCUGAACCCUCGACUCAAAGCUGGAAUGUUUGUUCGUAACUCGUACCUAUCAGAGUGCUGGGGUCCAGAGGAACACGACCUGGCCACUUUCCCCUUCGUACCAGGGGAAUACUUUGAGAUGAUCAUCCUGUGUGAGGCGCAGGAGUUUAAGGUGGCAGUGAACGGGGUCCAUCAGUUCGGUUACAAACACCGUGUGCAGGACCUGAAGCGUGUGAAUGAGCUGGAGAUUAUGGGGGACCUGCAGUUACUGGAUGUCAAAAUGUGGUGACCACACCCAGCCCCGUGAGAUCAUCACUGAAGAACACAUACCACAGCCAGGCUAAAGGUUUCCAGACUUAGCUCAGCUCAAACCUAGAGAAGCAGGGUGUUUCUGGAAUCAUGCAAAGGGUUGCAGAUUAAUCCAGAAACGUCUGCUGAAUUCCUCCAAUGAAAGAACGAGCUACUUCUAUCAUUUCUGCCAAUGAUGCUAAUAUGGCAUAUCUCUCUUUUUAAAAUAAUCCCGUUUCCUGACCUUAAUCCAUAUGUACAUAUAUACACUCUCUGGUCACUUUAUUAGGUACACCUACCUUGCAUCUACACCGAUUGUCCAUGUUAUCAGAUCCACUUCCGAUAUAGGAGCACUUUGUAGUUCUACAGUUACAGCUUGUAGUCCAUCUGUUUCUCUGUGUCAUUUGUUGACUUGAUGAAUAGACAAUGAGUGUAGAUACAUAGUACCUAAUAAAGUGGUGAGGGAGUGGACAUCACAUGGCUUUGGCACUGAGCUGAGGGAAACUCUUCAGUCUGGCUGUGGAGCUCAGCUUUUCUUCUCACCUGCUCCUAUUACUCUACCAAGUGAGAGACGUUUAAAGCAACAGCAGGAUAAUAGAUAAUAUUAUAGAGCUAAAACCACUGCUGUUUACUAUAUAACCACUUUAGCACCUUUAACUGAGCUUUAACCAGCAGACAACCAAGCCAAUUUUUUAUUUUGGUAAUGGGGGUCCUGUUCCGGUGAGUUGAAUAAUUUUUAAUUAAUUGAUGAAGAUGGAUAGUUAUAAGUAAUAUCUUGCUAAUAUUGCUGAAACCUGCUGCCCCUCCUUUAUAGUCUUACCUCAUGUAGGUCUAACUGAGCGUCAGAUUACUGAAUCAUUCUGCAAAUAGAGAAAGCUUCCUGCUCUUGUUAAACUCUUGUUAAAUUCACCUGUUACAGUGAAAUGAGUGGUCUACCACUACUUCUGAAUUGUUUGCUGUUUGCC